GCAGUCAGACUGUAUGCAAAUAAGUUCCCAAGGGGCAAUAACUUCCCCAAAAGCAGGGCAUAUAUAAAAGUCCUGACGUUAUGUUACAAACAUAUCGGUGCUUCAGGAAAGAAGGAAUUACACUGGGUUAAUCUACAGAGAGAUGCUGCCAACAUGUCUAAGGAAGACCCGAAAUUUAAUGUGGGAGACAUAAUCUCCUUUAGCCGUGGACUGUAUCAUCACUGGGGGGUUUAUUACGGGCAAGAAGACGGAAAAAAUUACGUUGUCAGCGUUUCAGGAGCAGAGUCCAACAGCAAGCCUUUGGCCAUUACUUCUAAAUUGGUGAAGGAAGAACUUAACAAGGUGGCUGGAAAAAGUGAAUACUCUGUGUACAGAGAACUGGACAAACAUAAUGAACCAAGAAGUCCUGAGCAGAUGAAAGCAGACAUGGACAAAAUGAUUGGUACCAAAAUAAAGUAUGAUCCCUUUGAAAAGAACUGUCAACACUUUGCUACAAAAAUACGUUACGGCAAGGAAAUAUCUCCUGAGGGGGAAAGUGCAGCCAAAUCCGUGGGCAAAAACCUGACAAUUUUCAGUACAGAAAUGGACCCUUCUGGUUUUGGAACAGAGAAGUUCAACAAGUAACAGCUUAUUCACCUGAUGAAUUUCUUCAUCUUUUGGUGUUCCUUGCCUUUCUGAUAAAAGGCACAAUUUCCCUCUACAAAGUACAAUAGAAAAUGCUUAAAAUAUUCUUACUACUUUAAUUAUGGUGAGCAAAAUGAAUCUCUUGUUGUAAAAAUGAAAUUAAUAAAAAUUGAAGUUG